AUGUUCAAGGCAUACAAGAACUUGUCACCCAACACCCGCCUGGGCGUCGGCGUCGCCGUCAUCGCCUGGGGCAUCGCAGGGCUGUACAUCUCCGACAAGGCUGAGGAGUCGUUCGGCUUCACACCGACCGAGGAGGACAAGGCUGAGCUGCGCAAGUUGGCGCCCAAGAUCACGACUGUAGAAAAGUCCCAGGACCAGUCAAGAUGA